GAAAGCCAACUUAUUUUGUCGAUAGAGUUGGAUGGCCUGAGUAGUCAUAGCGAUUCAGAUCCUUAUGUUCCGAAUACGAUGGUAGCCAGCAGUCCCAUAUAUGGCUGCUGCACGUUCUUAUGCCUUGCGUCGUCAAAUGGAUUUACGUUAUGUGUUUCUCGUUGUUCCGAGAUUCAGAUUUUAACGUUCGACAAGAAUUGGAAGUUCCUAGGUAUUAUCCAGAAGAUACCAACAAGCGUUCCACUGCUGUGGUUGAGCAGCGUAAGUGAUGCGGCCAUUUUUGGUGGCAGUGGAACUGUGUUCAUGGAAAUCACCGACCAGGGCACUCGAGAUUUAGCUGUCCCGCUGUCACAUCUUUAUUUCGAAGAAACUAUAUGUAUGGGUAAUGCGAUCAAUGCGCAUAUUGUUUGCACUGACCCUCUCGAAAUAUUGGUAGUUUUCUCAAGUUGUGCAUUGUUCCUCGACUCUAACGCCAGCAUCACAAGGCCCGGCGCUUUCUUCUGGUCAGGAGAAGUUCUCCAGUCCGAAUACGCAAACUGCCGACUUUACGCCUUUUUCGAUGACGGUCUGAAGGUCUACAGAGUAAAAGCUUGUGACAGGGCAGAUAUGUCGUUGUUGCUGAUUCACCAUGAGAAUGUGAAAGAACCCAAACUUCUUGGACGUAACUUUGGUGUUUUGGCGGCGGCCACUAAUGACGAUGCCAUGGAGAUUUUCGUGGCAAUUUAA